UCCUCUGGUGCACAGCUCACCAAGAGGUGAGAAGUGUGAAGCUUUAAAUGUCUACAGACAACAGUUUCUAACAUCCAUUUGGAAAUAUCAGCUUAUUCUGGAACAAUAUACAAGGCCCUAUUAUCAACUUUUUAUACUGUGAUCAGCUUUAACUUAGCAGAGAGAUGGGUGCUCUGGCUUUAUUGAUUCUCCCAUUAUUGGUGGCUGGGAUUGCAGGCAUUGCUUACGUUUACAAACGAAUAAUGCAACUGAUGUCCAAAUCAGCUGUGCGGAACAAAGUGAUUGUGAUAACUGAUGCUAUUUCAGGACUUGGGAAAGAAUGUUCCAGGGUAUUUCACAAUGGAGGAGGUCGAGUAGUCUUAUGUGGUAAUGACUUGGAAAAGUUAGAAGCCCUGCAUCAGGCUCUAAUUGAUGUUGCAGACCCCAGUUGUACAUUCAGUCCAAAGCUUGUGCUUCUGGACCUCAGUGAAACAGGGAACGUUCCUGAGGUAGCAAAGGAAAUUCUGGAAUCCUAUGGUUGUGUGGAUGUGCUGAUUAACAACAGCAGUCUGAAAGUUAAAGGAGGUGCUCUCAAUGUCACUUUAGAAAUGGACAAGAAAAUAAUGGAUGCAAACUACUUUGGACCAGUUGCUCUGACUAAAGAGCUUCUUCCCUCGAUGAUCUCCAGACAUAGUGGCCAGAUUGUGUUAGUCAACAGCAUCCAGGGAAAAUUAGGACUUCCAUUUCGUGCAGCCUAUGCAGCAUCUAAACAUGCAAUGCAAGCCUUUUUCGAUUGCCUGAGGGCUGAAGUUGCAGAAUUCGGGAUCACCGUGAGCACUGUGAGCCCAACAUUCAUUCGCUCCUAUCACCAAAUGCCAGAGGUUGGGAAUUGGGAGGCAUCCAUUUGGAAAUUUUUUUUCAGGAAAUGGGCAUAUGGUGUGCAUCCAGUUGAAGUAGCAGAAGAAGUGUUGUACACAGUGAACAGAGGCAGCAAGGAGGUGAUGAUUGGAAAUCCAGUGCCCAAGGCAUUUGUUUAUUUAAGAACAUUAUGCCCAGAGAUCUUUUUUGCAAUUGUUGGUGCUGGAAUCUCAAGCCAACCCAUAGCAGCAGAAGAAGAACAAUAAGUUAUUUGCUUUCACUUUACUGUUUCUGUAUGUUUACUGCUCCAUCCGUCUCUCCCAAAUCUGAUGCUUAAUGUUUCUUUCUGAUCCACACAUCUCUUUCAAUUUGCCUGCUCUUAGAAUAGCUUCUUACAUAAGCAUCACUCAACUUUCUUAUUUUCUGUUUUGUCUCUCUAUUCUGAUGAGUGAUAUUGUACGUUUCACUUUUAAAGACUUAGAUGUUCUAAAUUAAGAGAACAGGUUGCAUAAACUUGGUUUACUUUCUCUUGAUUAUAGGAGGCAGAGCUGUUUAAAAUGUGAAAGGAAUUUGACGGUGCUAAUACAUAUAAACUACUUCCUCAGGUGAGGGAAUCAAGAGCAAGGGAACAAUCUUAAAAAUAGAACUUGGCCAUUCAUGAGAGCAAUCAGGAUAAACUGGAACUCUUUCCCCCUGAAAAUUCUAUGGAUGCCAAAAAAUUUGGUGCUUAUUUGGAAAUAUUUGACAGGCUCGGCUUGUUUUCACUGGAGUUUAGAAGAGUGAGGGAUGAUUUGAUUGAAGUUUCAUCGUUUGAAGACCUUGAAUGGUCUUGACAAGGUGGAAUGGAAAGGAUAGUUCCUCUUAUGGGUCGAGUCCAGGACAAGGAGAUAAUAUUUUAAAAUUAGGGAUUGCUGUUUUAGGACAGAGACGACAGGAAUUGUUUUCUCUUUCAGUGUGACUUCCAACAAUCACAGAAUUAUUAUGGUGUGAAAGGCCCAGAGGUAGAUGGGAAUAUUGAUUUGCUACACCAACAGAUCAGGCAUGAUGUUAGCGAAUGAUGGGCUGAAAGGUCUAAUUCUAAUUUGUAUGCUCAUAUGAGACAGAUUGAGAUAGAUUUAUGUUAGGUAAGAAUAUCAGGGUAUAUGGUGAAAAGUCAGGUAACUGGAGUUGAGAUGUAUAUUAGCAGGGUAGGCUCAAGGAUCUGACUAAUCUAAACCUGCUUUUCAGUUGAUUUUAUCUCAUUUUGCUCUUUAAUAUCAAUUAGAGACAAACUACAUCCGAUCAGUUCUAUUGGAUAGGACCCUUAUUGUGUAAAGGUAGUUUACUUGAAAGGCACAGGUUUUCAGUCCUACCUACUGCAGUCCUAUCAUAACACAUCUGAACAGGUUGUUUAAAAGUAUCUGUACACAAAAAACAAUAAGUCAGCUUUGUACUCCAGCACCUCAAAUCAUUUGAGAAAGCAGUGCUAAUGUUGUUCCUUAUAAAUAGGCCAUUCAAUUUGCCCUCCAGAUCAGAAAAGGACAUCAGAAUUACUAGGGGAAAAAAAGUCAGCUGAGAAAAGUAACACAUUUAAUGGGACAAAAAUAUUGAGGCUAAAUUUAUUUUGUUCAGUUUUCUUAUAGAUGUGUUGCUUAUGAACUCUAGGAGUUUUGUAAACUUUCUCACUUUCUCAUAUUUCCUUUGGGGGAGGCUGGAACAGAGAGCAUGAUGUUUAAAUGAGAACUGUGGUAUUUAAUGGUAAUGUUAAGAAUGACUUCUUUACACAAAGGGUAGUGGAAAUUCGAUCACUGUGAGCAACUGGAUAGUUUCUGAGCCUAGGAAAAUGUUUCAAAACUGAGAUUAAUGAUUUUUUUUAUCAGGCAAGGGUAUUAAGGAAUGUGGAAUCAAGAUGGGUAAGUGGAGUUGAGAUACAGAUCAACUAUAACCUAAUCAAAUGCAUUUUAAUGAUCUCCUUCUGUUCCCAGGUUCUUUCAAAUUACAGUUGAAAUUAGAACAUAGAACAUAAAACAUUACAGCGCAGUACAGGCCCUUUGGUCUCGAUGUUGCGCCAACCUGUGAAACCAAUCUGAAGCCCAUCUAACCCAUAAUAUUCCAUUAUCAUCCAUAUGUUUAUCCAAUUACCACUUAAAUGACCUUAAAGUUGCCCUUAAAUUAUUUGUUCAUGAUGACAACUUUAGUUUAUUAAUCUUGUUUUUGAUUGUUUUCAGCAACAAAAGUAAUGCAACUUUAAGAAGAUUAAAUUUUCACAAGAGAUAUACUGCUCUGGCCACAUAAAAUAUGUGCCCUAACUGUGUGAAUAAUUGUGCUAUUUCAAUUCAUUUUUAUAAGUAAUGUUAACUUUGAAUGAAAGACAGGAGAGUGGAAUUGGAGUAUAACUAAACACAUUUUCUAUCUGAUACUUGUUUGAGAUCUCUGGAGGCAUAAGGAUCACCAAUGGCAAUAAUACUUCACUCAUUGAGAAGAAAAUUAAUCAAUGUUGCUCAUGAGUUUAGAUAUCCAGAGCAUCCUUAUUCUGUUUUAAGAGGUAUCUGUUCACAUUGUUUAUACUCAACAUUUUAAUUAUUUAUCUUCACAUUCAUAAAACAUGAAACAAUCAUUGCUGUUGCAUCAGACCCAAAUCGCAGUUUAGUAUGUACACAAGUAUAAAUAAUAGUUUUUUUUAAUAUUCUCCAUAUUUUCUCUCAUUUUCUCUUUACUAAUUAUGGCUCCACAUGGUUACAUCAGACAUAAAGUGAUAGCGUUAUACAUCAUGGAAACAGACCCGUCAGUCUAACUCAUCUGCACUGACCAGAUAACCUCAAGUGAUCUAGAUGAAAGGACUGAUUUGGAGAUGCUGAUGUUGGAUUGGGGUGUGCAAAGUUAAAAAUCACACAACACCAGGUUAUAGUCCAACAGGUUUAAUUGGAAGCACUAGCUUUCGGAGCACUUCUCCUUCAUCACAACCACCUGAUGAAGGCGCAGCGCUCUGAAAGCUAGUGUUUUCAAUUAAACCUGUUGGACUAUAACGUGGUGUUGUGUGAUUUUUAACUCAAUGAAAGGAGUGCCGAUUGGUUGGCAGAUCAACUCUGAUUGAUGCAAGCAUUGCCAUGUAGAAUCCACUCAUUAAUGCUGAUUGACAUUUAACUCUCCGGGCUUUUUUUCGAACAAUAUUCAACUUUCAUCAGUUAGUUCUGCCAAAUAUGAUUUCAAGUCCACAAUAAUGACUAAACACAUAAUCAAUAUUAAUUAUGUAAGAAAACAAUGUAAUUUGAUUGAAAA